AUGGUCUGCUGGGGGAACAAUAGUGUGGGGCCCAUUGCUGUGACUCCUGUGUUUGUGAAGAAGGGAGAUGAUCUGCUUCUGAAUGUUGAUGAUGUUCCUGAGGAUUUUGUACUUGUUGACUGGAACUUCAAUACAACUAAAUUAGUAAGAUUUAUUCAUGGUAGUGAACCAACAAUCUUUUCUAAUUUCAAUGGAAGGAUUGAGUUUGCUGUGAAAAAAUUCUCUGUGAAAUUAAAGAAUCUACAAAAGGCAGACAGUGGAGUUUAUACUGCAAAAGUGUUAAGGAAUCAAGAAACCCAACCACUAGCUGAAUACAAGGUCACAGUUGAAGAUCCAGUGUCUCCAGUUAAACUGACAGUGGUCCCAGUGGACCCAGUGGACCCACUGGUCUCCAGAAGCUCCUGUAAUCUCACUGUGACCUGCAGUACACAGGACUCCCACAUCAGCAGCACUAUUAGAUGUGUCAACCAAACCUGCAGUCAGGAGGGAGGAGAGCAAUCAGAGGUCACAACCUCUGGUGCUUCUCUCCGGGUCUACCUGUUGAAUAGCUCAAUCAUCUGUAACCAUAGCAACCAUGUUAACUGGACCAAAGAGAUUAAAAUGAUUGAAGACUUUUGCCGCAAACAUCCUGAUCCUCCCUCUUCCAAUCACAUUGUGACUGUUAUUUGCGUCAUAUUUCCUCUCAUCAUAAUGGCUGUUCUGUUAGGCCUGUUUCUUCAUUGUCAACAGAGAGGAACCUAUAAAAGAGAGAGCAUCGAGAAUACUGUUUAUGAAGUUCCUCAGGGCUCAACAAAAGCCCAACCUCUGGAUCAAAAUCUGACAGAUGAUGCUUCAGGUCUUUCUCCAAUCUCCACCUACAGCUUGGUAGGACCUCACACUGGACCUCUGAACCCACUGUGA